AUGGCGACACCAACUUACAAGGAAGAGAGACAUAUCCAAAAGAGUUAUUGGAUGGAGCAUUCAAGUGAUUUGACUGUUGAAGCUAUGAUGCUUGAUUCCAAAGCUUCUGAUCUUGACAAAGAAGAAAGACCUGAGGUUCUCUCUUUGAUCCCACCGUAUGAAGGGAAAUCGGUGUUGGAGCUUGGAGCUGGUAUAGGUCGAUUUACUGGUGAAUUGGCUCAAAAGGCUGGUGAAGUUAUUGCUCUUGAUUUCAUCGAAAGCGCUAUUAAGAAGAAUGAAAGUGUUAAUGGGCAUUACAAGAACGUAAAGUUUAUGUGUGCUGAUGUUACAUCUCCUGACCUGAAAAUCACAGAUGGAUCUAUUGACUUGAUUUUCUCAAAUUGGUUGCUCAUGUAUCUCUCUGAUAAAGAGGUGGAACUUUUGGCAGAAAGAAUGGUUGGAUGGGUAAAGCCAGGAGGAUACAUUUUCUUCAGAGAAUCUUGCUUCCAUCAAUCUGGGGACAGCAAGCGAAAAUCCAACCCGACUCACUACCGUGAACCAAGAUUCUAUACAAAGAUUUUCCAACAAUGCCAGACACGUGAUGCGUCUGGCAAUUCAUUUGAGCUCUCUAUGGUUGGUUGCAAAUGCAUUGGAGCGUAUGUGAAGAACAAGAAGAAUCAAAAUCAGAUUUGCUGGAUCUGGCAAAAAGUCAGCUCGGAGAAGGAUAAGGACUUCCAGCGAUUCUUGGACAACGUUCAAUACAAGUCCAACGGGAUUUUGCGCUAUGAGCGUGUCUUUGGGCAAGGAUAUGUGAGCACUGGUGGAUUUGAGACGACUAAAGAAUUUGUGGCAAAGAUGGAGCUUAAACCGGGACAGAAAGUCUUAGAUGUUGGUUGUGGUAUCGGUGGAGGUGACUUCUACAUGGCUGAGAAUUUCGAUGUUCAUGUUGUUGGAAUCGAUCUUUCAGUCAACAUGAUCUCUUUCGCAUUGGAGCGUGCUAUUGGACUCAAAUGCUCAGUCGAGUUUGAAGUUGCGGAUUGCACCACUAAAACAUAUCCGGAUAACUCUUUCGACGUCAUUUACAGCCGUGACACUAUUCUGCAUAUCCAAGACAAGCCGGCUCUAUUCAAGACGUUCUUCAAAUGGCUUAAACCAGGCGGUAAAGUUCUCAUCACCGACUACUGCAGAAAUGCUGAAACUCCGUCUCCUAUAUUCGCAGAGUAUAUCAAACAAAGAGGAUAUGAUCUCCAUCAUGUACAAGCUUAUGGACAGAUGCUGAAAGACGCANGCUUUGAGGAUGUGAUCGCNGAGGACCGUACUGAUCAGUUUGUACAAGUCUUGAGGCGUGAAUUAGAGAGAGUGGAGAAAGAAAAAGAAGAAUUCAUCAGCGACUUCUCGGAAGAGGAUUACAAUGACAUUGUUGGAGGAUGGAAAUCAAAGCUUGAAAGGAGUACAUCUGGUGAACAAAAAUGGGGUUUAUUUAUCGCCAACAAGAAGUAG